GCCAGAAGAAGAAGAAGAAGUGUUUCCGGUAGAGGAGUUUCCGGUUGAGAACGAGGGAAAGUUAAACAAACAUAAACAAGCGCAACUAUCUUUUCUCCAACAUAAACAGUGAUGCACUUUCUGAUAAAAUGAUGAGUUUGUUGGCUAAAUGGACUCAGGAAAAUAACGAGCUGGCUUUUAAUUGUAAGCAGCAGAAUGAUGAGCUGAACCGAGAUCACAACAACCUGUUCAGCCACAGACGAUGUUCUUCUGACUUUCACAAACUUCUCAGAAAAAUACAAGGCAUCCCUCCUCAUUCGGAUCAUGCACAGCUGGAGCUUUCGGUAGUUUACAACGCCUGUGUGUGCCUCACUGCUCUGUCGCAGUUUGAGGAGGCCGAGCUGCUCCUCACACAGGCUGCUCAUAGAGUGCUAGAGUUAGCAGGAGAGGAUCGUGGUACCUCUGACCCGUCUGUGCUUUGGAGAGCUGCUCUUAAAUCAGUGGCCGGCACAGCGUUGCAUCGCCACGUCCUGAGCCUUCUCUGUUUGCAGUGGGGAAUAUGGCUGGCCAAGAGCUGCCUGAACCCUAUUAAAGAAUUUCAGGAGGAGAUGUCUCUGUUAGAGGGACAGGGUGGAGCGGUUUGGGAUGAUUGCAGAACCGAAGCAAAGGAAAAGAUCCCAAAUAGUCCCAGACUGGUUCUGGACCCUAGGAGGCUUGCUGAACUGCUGAAGAUCUGCACUGCGAUUGUCCAAGGUGCGGAAAGGCUGAACGAAGGUUGGAACACACUUUCUGCUCUGCAGGCUGCUGCUGCUCUGCCUGCUCCCAGAGCUCUCAUAGCAUACACACACCUCCUCUCGGGUUCCUGCCUCGCCCAUAUGAACCGCCCUCAGAUGGCGCUGCAGUGUUUCAGAAGGGCUCUGGAGACAGAUCCUCGCUGUGCAUGCGCUCUCUACCAGAGCACACUCCUCUACAGGCAGCUGGGAAACGUACAGGCAGAGAUCCAGGCUCUUCGGAUUUUGCACUCGACUUUGUUGUUACCCCCGACUACAGAACCUGCACCGGCUGCAGGCCGCCUCCUCUCACCGUCCUUGUUUCUCUGCAGCCAGUCGCUGGGCAGCCUGCUCUCUGUCCCGUCAGCCCUCAGCGUCCUUCACAGCUUGGCUCUCAAAUGCGUGAUACAUGACAGAGUGUCAGAAGGUGUGGAGAAUUACCUGGACCUGCUUGCUGCGCUUCGAUCCGAGGAGCAACAUGGAGCGCACGGCGUGGUCUCCACCCUCCCCAAGUUGCCCCAUCUCUACCUUGAGGCCGGAGCUGCCUUACUCAUGGCCCGGCGGCCUGCAGACUGUAUGGCGCUCUGCGACGAGGUCAUCGGUACGAUUCUGGAUCUGCUUCCAGAUAAAGUGUUGUUGGAGCAUCCAGAGGACGGAAGUGUGGCUGAGAGCAGGGAGGAGAGAGAGGAGGCUGAAAGCGGGUUGGUAAGGCUUCUCUGGGCAGCGGCAGCCUACCUCCUCCUGGGUCACUGCUACGCUCAGCAGGAGGACUGGAAACAAGCAGUUAGCCAUUACACAAGGUGUUUCAACCUGUUGGUGAAGGUGCACUGUAAAAAGAAAGCUUUCUCACCACAAGUUUCCGCCCCAGAUAAAGAGUCUAAUCAGGGUGUAGAUUUGUGUGUCCUCCAAAGACUAAAGGGACUUUCAUUAGCUGGUAGAGGCAUCAGCUUCGCCCAGAUGGACCGGCUGAGAGAGGCGCUCAGAGACCUUCACCUCGGCCUGCAGGCCCUCCCAGAGGGUGUGAGUGCAGGGCAGUGGUGUGGGGAGGUGCUGUGGAGGCUGGACAGGCGGCGGGAGGCGGCUGCUUGUUGGGAAAAGACCUGGAGCCAUACCUGUCCACCCUUAGCAGAGGCUCUUCCUGUGUACGCACAAGAACUUCAGUCUGGUCCGUUGUUGGAUCCCACAGAGCUGCGCUCCAGACUAAAAGAACUUGGACCUCUAUAGUCAGAGUGGACAAUAAAGAAAUACAUAUCUCUUCAUCAACAGGAUGGGUGGCCUGUGCAAUAAUGGGACAAAUAUGUGGAGAGAAUUAAAUAACUGUGGAUAAAACCUGC